AUGCCUUCGGGUUUGGAGCAGGCGUUGGAGCACAGUGGUGGCCAUGGCCGAAAGACAGAGGGAGUGUCAAUUUCGACUUUCUUGUCCUCGCUGGCGACGGCCAUCAUCGUCUUCGUCGUCGAAUUCAUCCUCUUUCUGUUACUUAAAGGCAAACUAAGCCGCAUUUAUCAACCACGAACUUACCUAGUGCCGGAUAGAGAGCGCACGAAACCCUCGCCGCCAGGUCUUCUCAGCUGGAUCAUACCUGUCUUCCGUACUUCAAGCUCGGAGUUCAUCCAGAAGUGCGGGCUCGAUGCAUACUUCUUUCUGCGCUACUUGCGCAUGCUUUUGAAAAUCUUCCUUCCCAUGGGCAUCCUGAUUCUGCCUGUCCUCCUUCCGCUCAACCGUGUGGAUGGGAAAGGUAAUACCUACAAGAAUGGUGACAAGGGUGACCGAUGGGACGUGGCCGGUCUGGAUCAACUCGCAUGGGGCAAUGUGAGACCCCAGCACACUAAUCGCUAUUGGGCUCACUUGGUGAUGGCCGUCAUCACCAUCGCUUACAUCUGUUUUGUCUUCUUUGACGAGCUUCGAGGCUACAUUCGCCUGCGACAGGCUUAUUUGACCUCCCCUCAACAUCGACUUCGCGCAUCUGCUACUACUGUGCUUGUCACAUCCAUUCCACCAGAUUGGCUCAACGUAGAUGCUCUGGACAGACUGUUCGACGUUUUCCCUGGGGGUGUUCGAAAUAUCUGGAUCAACCGCAAUUUCGAUGAUCUGAAUGAGAAGGUCAAGGCGCGCAAUGAGAUGGCUCUCAAGCUUGAAGGCGCCGAGACGGAUCUGAUCAUGCAAUGCAAAAAGGCACAGCUCAAGAAGGCGAAGGCGGAGGCCAAAAAGGAGGGCAGGAGCAAAGCAAGCGCCGAGAAGCAAGAGAAAAAGGCCGCCGAUAAACGAGCGUCCCAUAUGGCUAUGGGUCCUGGUAUUAGCUCUGGCAAUCCUCAUGACGCCCAUACAGUACGGGAAGCCCUUGACGGCACAGCGCAAGAACCUCAAGUGAAAAAGUCAGAGGACGGAGCUCGUCGAGUCUUUGACCCUGCCUUUGCGGCUGCUGGAGCAGUAGGUUUAGGCGUGGGGAAGCUGGGCAAAUCCGUGCUUGGUGGCUUCAAAAAGGUCGAACAUGGCUUUGAUGGGCCUCUGACUCAAACAAGAGGCUUUGUUGCAACCACAGACGACAUCCUUCCACCUCGAGGAAACACCCCAAGUCAUGGUCGUACAGCUUCAGGGAACAUUGCUGCAACCGAAUCCCCAGAAUCUACCGAACUGCCGCGAACCGAAGGGCCAAGUCAAAGCACGAAAACAGGCCCCAGCCAAGCAGAAUCAUCAAAGCCCCCGUUUUGGAGACGAAUGUCGUCUCACACAAAAUCAAUCAAAUCGCAAGAUGCACCCGAGCCAGAUGAAUACCCAUUGACCGCGCCUGAAACACCUGCGUCUGACGCACCCCGCCCGGGUUCCUCGCAGACCGAGAAGUCUCAGAAAAAGGACAAGAAAAAGAAGGACAAAAAGCCCGAAGAAGAGUAUCCUAUCGCAUACAAUGAGAACUUCGAGAAGGAAGACUACGGCGAGCCAUUGUGGAAGGAGUACAUUCGACAAAAAGACCGGGACACCAUGCGUCUGCCCAUCUUCGGUUGGAGUUGGAUGCCGUCAAUCUGGCUUUUGGGUAAAAAGGUCGAUACUAUUGAUUAUUGUCGGAAGGAAGUCGCUCGUCUCAACUUGGAGAUUGAAAUUGACCAACAGCACCCCGAGCGCUUCCCCUUGAUGAACUCGGCAUUUAUCCAGUUCAAUCAUCAAGUCGCCGCUCAUAUGGCUUGUCAGGCCGUCAGUCACCAUCUACCUAAGCAGAUGGCACCUCGAGUCGUGGAGAUCUCACCGGACGAUGUCAUUUGGGAUAACAUGUCAAUCAAAUGGUGGGAGCGGUAUCUGCGGACCUUUGGCAUUGUUACGUUGGUAUGUGCUAUGGUCGUCGGAUGGGCUUUCCCCGUCGCCUUCACUGGACUUCUCUCGCAACUAUCAUACCUCGAAGGUGCAUUCCCAUGGCUGGCAUGGCUUGGGAAGCUACCAGACUGGUUCAUCUCAGCCUGUCAGGGUAUUCUUCCUGCGCUGUGUUUGGCUAUUCUUAUGGCACUUCUUCCCCUUAUCCUUCGCUUCCUCAGCAAGGCGCAAGGAAUCUUCACUGGUAUGGCUGUCGAGCUCACAGUGCAGAACUACUAUUUUGCCUUCCUGUUCGUGCAGCUAUUCCUGGUUGUAACCAUUGCCUCCAGUUUCUCUACAAUCAUUGAGAGAAUUACCGAUGUUACCAGCUGGCCAGAGCUGCUAGCCUCUAAUAUCCCCAAGUCUAGUAACUACUUCUUCUCCUACAUGAUUCUGCAAGCCAUGUCUGUGAGCGCUGGUGCUCUUGUGCAGAUCUUUGGCCUUGUGAGCUGGUUCAUUCUAGCUCCCAUGUUGGAUUCCACUGCGCGAAAGAAGUGGGCUCGAACAACGAACCUCAAUCAAAUGCAAUGGGGCACUUUCUUCCCAGUGUACACCACCUUGGCCUCAAUUGGCUUAAUCUAUUGUGUGAUUGCGCCCCUCAUUUUGGUUUUCAAUAUCAUCACCUUCAGCUUAUUUUGGUUUGUCUACCGCUACAACACGCUCUAUGUCACCAAAUUCCGCUUUGACACUGGUGGUCUUCUGUUCCCUCGGGCCAUUAACCAACUGUUUACCGGUAUUUACUUCAUGGAAGUCUGUCUUAUUGGCUUAUUCUUCCUGGUUCGGGAUCAGGAUGACAGUGUUGCCUGUAAGGGACAAGCAAUUUGCAUGAUUGUCGUCCUUGUCCUGACCGUCGGGUACCAAAUUCUGCUCAACGAUGCCUUCCAUCCACUGAUUCGCUAUCUGCCCAUCACGUUGGAGGAAGACGCUAUUCGUCGUGAUGAUGAGUUCCGUCGUGCCCAGCAUGCUCGCCUCGGCCUCGCCAUUGAUGACGAGGAAGAGGGCGAUGUUGAGCACAGCCUGGCCGAGGCUGAGCGCCGGGAGCGCGAGCAGGGUCAACAAGCACGGGAUAUUGAGCUCAAGCCUCUGGAAACUGGUCUGGAUCAGAAGCGACAAAACUCUAACAACUUAUCAACGCCCAAGCUUGAACACAAACGUCCAUCAUGGGCUACAAACUCAUCAAAGCGGAAAUCCAAGUAUUUCGGUCUGCACUCACCAAGCUCGACCCCUACAAUUCGAGCUAUGCGUGAUAAGAUGACACAGGAUGCCGAAGCACAAGGGCCAGCCCCCAAUACAGUCGGUCAAGCUCUAUUUGCCGGUAUCAACGAUGAGCUCGAGGAUCUCACGCCAGACGAGCGUGAUCAAUUGGUACAGCGUGCCUUCCAACAUGAGGCGCUUCGUGCAAAGCGACCGGUGAUUUGGAUUCCGCGCGAUGAUUUGGGUAUCAGUGACGACGAAAUUUACCGAACUCAGCGAUUCAGCAAACACAUCUGGAUCAGCAAUGAGUAUCAAGCACUCGAUGGCAAGUGCCGGACGAUAUUCAGUCGCAGUCCCCCGGAUUUCUCAGAGGUGGAUUUGAUUCAACUGUGA